GACUCCAUCUCUCUCUUUCUAUCUUUCUAUCUAUUUGUUCAUAUAUAUCUCCACCAAAAGCCUGAAAGAAAAGCAACAGAGAGAGAUUUGAGUUGCAAAGAUGGCAAAAGGCAUAUUAGAAGUCCAGCUUAUUGAUGCCAAAGGCUUGCAUGACACUGCUUUAUUAGGGGAAAUGGAUCCUUAUGUCAUGAUCCAGUAUAGGAAUCAAGAACAAAAGAGCAGCGUUGCAAAAGAUCAAGGGACGAAUCCAUCAUGGAAUGAGACUUUUAAGUUUCAGGUUCAGAAUGCAGAAGCUGCAGAGCAUCACCAGAAACUUGUCCUUAGAAUCAUGGAUAAAGAUAUAUUCAAUGCUGAUGAUUUUGUUGGUCAAGCAACGAUUAAUGUUGCUGAUGUGAUUUCUUUGGGAGUUGAAAAAGGAAAUGGUGAAUUGCAUCCUUGUAAGUAUAGUGUGGUGCUUGCUGACAGGACUUAUUGUGGAGAGAUUAGAGUUGGUGUUAAAUUUACUCUCAAGAUGGAGGAGGAAAUUACUGAAGAGUUUGGAGGUUGGAAACACAGUUUUGGUCAUUGAAGAAUGUCUAAGUUUUCCAAUUGGAGCUGUUUUAUAUAGUUUUUAUCAUAUAUGAUGUUAUUAGAUUCAGUAUCAUCUCUGCUUUAUAGUUUGUAGUUUGUAUACCAUUUCAUGUAUGGAAAUCUUUAUGAAGCUUUGAA